UUGUAUGUUAUGGCGACAGAAAAUGACGCUGGUUUAAAUUGUGCUUGUAAUUUCUGUAAUUGUAGCGCUUGAAUAAUCUAAUCCGAACAAUUUAUUAACUUAUAUACAUUAAGACAUGUCCCAGCGACGUAGGAGAAAUGCAUUUGAUGUGGAAAAAGGAAAAUCUGACAGGAAAAUAUCAGGGACUAGUAGACCAACGUCAAAACAGUCUGCCUGGAUUCAGGAUGAGACAGAAGACAUUAUAAGUUUAAAAUCUAGGAGUGCUGAAGGUGAAGUGUCUGCUAAUGAAGCAGAAUCAUCGUUCAUCAGCUCACCAAAGAGAACCAUUGUAUCAGCAAUGGGAAUCAGCAGACUGCAAAGGGGAGCAAUGACUGCUACAGAAUCUCCCUCAAUCAAACCUACUGCAAAAACAACAGUUGUUGAGGAUAUCCAUUCACCAACAGGAGACAAGAGUUCAUCCCCAGUUUCGCCUGUUUCUACGAAACAUAAGUCAGCUGGCAAUAGAAGGACACAGCUUGUUCCUUUUAGUGAAGACACAUUGGAUAAUUUUAAUAAAGAUGAAUUGGAGGUUAAAGAUGUCAUAAGCAUUGACAGCAGACAACAUUCACUUGGAGAAUCAUCUCUUGAGGGCAGUAGAAGUUUCACUUCACAGACUGACAGUCGUUCAUAUCGAGAUCGUCUAAGGGAUCGAUUUCAAGCUGUGCGGGAACGUGCCGGGACUUCAGUCAUUGAAACACACACUCGUUCACGCCUGAGACAUAGACUUUUGAAUCAGCCCAGUGUUUCACAUUUUGAUAAUCUUAUUCAGAAAGAGGAAGUUGAAGUUGGAGAGGCACUGGAGAGGCAUGAACAGGCAAAGGCAAAGUGGAAGGAAGUUAUCGAGGCUGUGCAAGAGGGUUCGAGUACCGAAGCAGCAGACGAUUUCUUCACGCAAGUACACGAAGAGGACGACAGGGAGCGCGCAGAUCAGCCAAAUUCAGCACCGGCCAGUCCAGGCGUACCUCGGGGCGAAAGCGAGGAAGCUGAUGGUGGUGAGGACCAAACAAAGUUGGUAACAUCAGACUUCUUGGGUUUACAUGAUGAGUGGGAACUUGUUCAGGCGGUGGCACCAGGGUACCAGAGAGACGAGCAAGAGGCUCGUGAACAAGAGCUUUACUUCAUCCCUAGUAUGGGACCAGUGCCACUGGAAGACAAGUUGAAACCUGGUCAUGAGGUUCGUUACCUAGAAGAGGAGGGUCUGCAUGUCGGCAAUCAUCUUGCUGUUACCAGCCGUAACACGAACAAGUUAGAACGCCGCCUGUUGGCUGGGGGAGACAGAAAGUGGUUUGGUGAUGAUGGUGAAAUUAUAUCGCUGCCAGACCCAUGCAGACUGGUUCCUUUCCACCCCCCUGUGUGUGAUGAAGUAAACUCCAUCCUGGAUGUUGAAUAUAAGCUGGCAACAAUCAGUGAUUUUGAGAACAAAUAUAUUGUUCAGCCUGGAGACAUUGGUGUUGAGGAUCGCUAUCUGCUCGAAGUAGACAUCUGCUCUGUGACAUUCAGUCAUCACCCACUGUUCAGUCGAGAGCAUGUUUUAGCGCAGCGCGUAACUGAACUCUACCUCAAGUACAGUGAACGUGCAGUGCUGGGACAAGGUCAGAGGCUGGCGGGCCGACUCGAGGCUCUCCGUAUAGCUCGAGACAGCUUGAAGAAGGUUCUCAAACAAGCGCCUGAUGCCAGUCAGCAACAGUUGGAGAGAUUACAGAGAUAUGUUGCUGAGAUCCGUGAGACACGCCGGUUGCGACAGAUGGAGGGGUCCAAUGAUCGCCAGCUGUUGAGUAAUUUGCUGUUGACUUGGCGUGACCUGAAGAAGUUAAGGGAACUUCAGGGUUACACAUCGACACCACUUCGAUUGCAGAUUCACAAAGAGUUUUCUGAUGAUCCAGCUGCUGAAAUCAGGGCAUGGGACGAGGAGAUUCGCAAGGAAAUAGAUGAACUUGAGGAAGAAUAUCAGGAAGAAUACAACACGCAACUGGAUGAAUAUUCAAAAAAGCUGGCUGUGUGGAAAAAGAGAAGAAAGGCAAUGCAUGAAGCAAAAAGGAGACACCAGAGCAAAGCAGAACAGAGGAUUGAGAGAGAAUUUGAUGAAGAAACAGAGCUGGAGAUAAUGGAGCCAUCUGGGGAAGAACCCAAACCACCUGCUAAAGUGAACAUGGGUGUAGUGAGGUCAGAGGUGAUGGAGGGGUUGUUCCAGUCCUUUCGUCCGCCUGGAGAACCCAAAGUGUACCUGGAACUGACAACCAGUGAAGCUAUUGAUCAGAAUCCAGGCUGUCCCAAUGAGCAGCAGAGAAGAACAGCUGUCAAAAGAUGUGACCUUUAUGUGAAGAUCUUCUACAACCAGAAAGAAGUGUGCAGUUCACACCUACAGCCUCUGGGUCCAAGAUUCAGUGUCUCAAUUGGCCAGCUGUUCCCAAUCCGCAUCUUACAGUGGCCUGAGAGCCUGAAGGUGGAACUGCAUGAAGAGGGUGGCACCUUUGCUCAUCAUCUGGUUGCAGAGAUAUACUUACCAUUUCCCAGCAGUGGCACAACAUUACAGAACUGCUCCCUGGAGCACCAUGAAUUCAGCAGUAACCAAGUGCUGACAUUCAGCCAUGCAGGUGUUGGAUGUGGGACGUACUUGUGUCCAUUCCCUGAGGGCAGUAACAAGGAAGUCACAUGCCUCUACACAUCAGGUGUGUUGGCGUGCAGGGUAGCAUGGGGAGUGGACAACAACAAGCAUGGAGGGAGGGAUGGGAAGAUACUUGCACCUCCAGAGAAGUAUUGGACCAAGGAACAGAGGGACAGUUGUACAGACCUGAUGGCAAUGCUUGAUGAAGAAGGCGUGAUGGACAUAGAGAAGUUACGGGAGUGGGCUGAGACGUCACAGCUUGACCCAAAUGACCCCAGAAAUGCUUCUUUCUUCUACUUAAUUAAGAAUGCAGGUGUGGGGUUCAGCACAGAACCAAACUAUUUUCGCUUAGAUCCACUGCAGGCUGAGUUUGAUUUCUGCAAAAUGGAUGAUUUGGUUGCAAACUCUCGCCUGCGGUUAUUACAGCUGCGGGACCAGAGGGAACCUGAGUUUCGUGGACUUUGUGUUCCACUUCGAGAGAAAGAGAUACCAAAGGAUAUGUUUAAGGUGUAUGAGAAACGGUUAACAUAUACAGAUUCACAGUUGGAGUCUCUGUCCUCUGAUCCAUUGGAAUUACAUCGGGACUGGGGCCAGAAGUUCCUGCAGAAAGUAAGACAGAGGGUAUUGAAGCAGUGUCACCUAGCUCAGCAGCAUCGUCAACUGCAGGACAUUGUCAUGGAAGACCAAGUCCCAGACAUAGGGACUCUUGGAUUGACUUUUAUUAAAUGGCUACAACCCAAGAGACCUCUGCGACCUACAAGGAAGGAAAGGAAGAAGAUCACAAUGCAGAAUGUGGCAGGUCAAGAAGUUAAGAUCAUUGUGAACGUGAUCCAUGCAUUUGAAGUUCCUGUGAGGAAGGAUGUGGACGCAGUUGGAGGAGGACAGCAGGCCUUUCGAUUCUCAAUGGUUCCUGUGCGUCCAUUUGUGGAGGUCUCAUUUCAAGGAGUCAGUGUCAGGACAACAACUGCAGAAGGUGCCAACCCUACCUGGAAUCAAGAUUUACAGUUGUCUUUAAAGUCUCCAAGUGGUGACUACUCCCCAGGCAGUCUUCAGUCAAUUCAGGACAACUUGUAUCUUCAUCUGUUUGAUGAGAUUGUAGUUGACUUGUUGGAAGAUGAUCGAAUGAGGGAGACCAACAUCCAUCAACGACUUGAACGCAACUGGCUGGGGAGCCUACAAAUUCCAUUCUCCACUCUCUACUUUAACUCAAGGAUUGAGGGAACAUUUAAACUUUACUCUCCACCUGUCUUGCUGGGCUAUGAAAAGGAGUCACAUCAUCGUGAGUUCAGUGGUCUCACCAUUCUAGGAGACACUCAACAGGUCUUACCUCCAAGAGAUGCAACAUUCCUUAGCCUCUUCAUCACAGUUCAGCCUGCUUUGAACCCUCCAGAGCCCUUCAAGGAAAAGUUAGAGAGCAGUGAGUUGGCAUUCAUGGAGGAACACCUGGAAAAUUGGGAGUCACAGGUGGCUAAACAGGUUCCUCACAGAAAAGUGAAGACACUAGUCAUUGACAUCAGUGGGAAAUCUGUCUGUGUCACCAGGUUUUUUCAGCCCCUUGCUCCUCCAGUCCUGCUAGAAGGAGAGUCUAUAACAGAGGAAAUGGCUGCCCGCUUUGUGUCAAAGAUACCUAAGAUAAGUGGCAGCAUUCUGUUCCCGGGGCUGUUUGACAUCUGGCUUACGAGUGAUCAAAUUCUGCAUCUAUUAUCUGGAGACUCUGAGGAUCAUGCUGUGUUACUCUGCUGUUUCUUGAUGUACCUUGGUAAGACAGCCUGGCUGCUGCUUGGUGUAGGGAUUCCUCAUGGACGAACUGCAUAUGUCCUCACAAGGGAAAAAGAGCAACACAACAUCAGCUACUGGUUGUGGGACCCUGUCUCUGGCCAGAAGUACAGCAUUCAGGACAGCUUUUGUCCACUGCAGAAAGUGUUUUGUCUUAUUAAUGAUGAGAAUAUCUGGGUUAAUGUACAACAAGAGGAACUACCAUGGCGUACAAGAUUUGACAUAACUCAUCGGUCUGAUUGGUGGCCUGCUUUUGGACGCAGUGUAGGAGCUCCUGUGGGUAGUGUCCAGCCUGCAGCACUAGUGUAUGUUGCCACAUCAAUCUCUGCCACACAGAUGUUGCAGGACCGAAUUGAGAAACAGCUGAAGGACUGCCUGAUGAAGUGGAGGAAGACAGCUAGGACUCUGUGUAACCGGUACUGCAUUGCCAUCCUGCGCAAAUUGCUGCCAGCAUUAGAGCACAACACAUGGAACUGCCAGAACCUCUCCAGCCCUGACCACAUUCAGGAGUUACAGCACAUACUGGGCUCCCACAAGAUGUGUGGUUUCCCAAUCAAUCUGCCCUACACCAACAUGGAAGCAAUUACAGAAGCCAUGAAGGCUACGGGUGUUCAUUACAAUGAGAGUCCUGAUGUAGAGUUUGCACUAGCUGUUUAUAUUCAUCCAUUUCCUAACAAUGUGCUUUCUGUGUGGGUAUAUGUUGCAUCUCUCAUCAAGCGGAGAUGAUAUGUCAUCAUUUUCAUCAUCAUUUCAAACCAAAGAGGAAUCCACGAUCAGGACCUGAGUAGAGCACAGGAUCACCCAAACCUUUGUGGGUCGAAUGGGCAAAAUCAAUUAUCCUAACAUCAACGAGUGGCUCUGGAGUCAGUAAUGGAGAUGAAGGUAC